AUGCCAGAAAUUGCGAUUGUAUUACAGCUCUUUGACAAUCUCUGGUUUCAGCUUCUUGUCAUGACUGUGCUGGAUGCUGUUGCCACAUGUGUUGUCACAUGUGUUGUCACAUGUGUUGUCACAUGUGUUGUCACAUGUGUUGCCACAUGUGUUGUCACAUGUGUUGUCACAUGUGUUGUCACGUGGGUUGUCACAUGUGUUGUCACGUGGGUUGUCACGUGGGUUGUCACAUGUGUUGUCACGUGGGUUGUCACGUGGGUUGUCACAUGUGUUGUCACGUGUGUUGUCACGUGGGUUGUCACAUGUGUUGUCACGUGGGUUGUCACAUGUGUUAUCACGUGUGUUGCCACGUGGGUUGUCACAUGUGUUGUCACGUGGGUUGUCACAUGUGUUGUCACGUGGGUUGUCACGUGGGUUGUCACAUGUGUUGUCACGUGGGUUGUCACGUGGGUUGUCACAUGUGUUGUCACGUGUGUUGUCACGUGGGUUGUCACAUGUGUUGUCACGUGGGUUGUCACAUGUGUUGUCACGUGUGUUGCCACGUGGGUUGUCACAUGUGUUGUCACGUGGGUUGUCACAUGUGUUGUCACGUGGGUUGUCACAUGUGUUGUCACAUGGGUUGUCACAUGUGUUGUCACAUGUCACUGGUUCUCCUGUGCUGUGCCGUCCAAGGGUCCUUUCUUGCUCCGAAUGCGAAGCGUGAGUGAAGCUCUUGUGGUGGCUUUCAGGCAAAGGGAGGGAACAGACGCGCUGAAUCAAGUGAUGGAGAGGCGAAUAAGUGCUCUUAACAUGCAGGUUGCAGCAAUAAGGAGAGAGGUGGAUGAGGCUGAGAGGAAGAGAGCAGCGGAAUGGAGUGAGUUGCAAAGGCGAGUGGAGGAAAUAAGUGAGAGAGAGCGAGCAGUGGCUGCUGAGGUGGUCAGGGAGAGGGAAGAGCGGGAGAUGAUGAGGAGGGAGGUGGAUGACUUGAGGGCGCGAUUAGCAGAAUCAAUGGGCAGGGAGAGGCGUGAGAUCAGAGAAUGGCUGAACCUGAUGGUGGUGGAGAAUGUGGAAUGGGCGAGGUACCAACAGACUGCGGAAUGGGCUGCGGAUAAAUGGGCGGCAGAGAUUGAGGAAUGGGCUGUGGUGAAAUGGAUAGCAGAGGAACAGGAGGCAGAGGAACGGGCGGCGGUGGGACCGAUGCUUGCAGAAUGGGCAGCAGAGGACCAGGCGAUGGCGAAAUGGGAGGCAGAGAAAUGUGCGGCAGAGGAACGGGCGGCAGAGGAACGGGCACUGGCGAAAUGGUUGGCAAUUAAACUGGAGGUGGAGGAAUUGGAGGUAAAGGAACAGGCGGCAGAGGAGCGGAUGGUUGCAGAAUGGGCAGUAGAGGACCGGGCAGAGGCGGAAUGGGCGGCGGAGGAAGAGGAACGGGCGGUGACGGAAUGGAUGGCAAUACAACAGGAGGCAGAGGAGUGGGCGGCGGAGGGGCGGAUGGUGGCAGAAUGGGCAGCAGAAGACCGGGCAUUGGCAAAAUGGGCGUCGGAGGAAGAGGAACGGGCACUGGCGAAGUGGUUGGCAGUGGAACAGGAGGUGGACGAAUGGGUGGCGAGGAACAGGUGUUGGCGGAGCUGGAGGCAGAGGAAUUAG